AUGAAGAGGGAUGUGACUGAAUAUGUGGCUAGAUGCCUAACUUGCCAGAAGGCGAAGACCAGGAACAAUCAUGAUGCCAUUUGGAUGAUAGUGGAUUGGUUGACUAAGGCUGCAUACUUUCUCCAAAUUAACAUGAAGUAUAAGUUAGAGAGGUUGGCGAACUUGUAUGUACAGAAGAUAGUCAGGCUACAUGGAGUGUCGAUCAGUGUUGUGUCAGAUAGAGAUCUGAGGUUUACCUCGAGGUUUUGGGAGAGCCUGCAACGGGAGUUGGGGACUAAGCUGAGACUGAGCUCGGCUUAUCACCCACAGACUGACAGCCAGACCGAUAUAAUUACCAUGCUAGUAUUGGGAUGGCGCCAUUUGAGGCUUUGUAUGGGCAGAGGUGCAGAACUUCGUUGUGUUGGUAUGAAACUGGGGAAAUGGUUCUGUGUCUCACCUGUGACCGGAGUUGGGAGAGCUCUGAAAUCUCAGAAGCUAUCUCUUAAGUUCAUUGGGCCAUUUGAACAAUAUGUGUCAGAUCCUUCACAUGUGAUUGAUCUUGACUCGGUCCAAGUUAGAGAAGACUUGUCAUAUGACAUGCAUCCUGUAAGGAAAGUGGAUCUCUGUGUUAAACAGCUGAGGGGCAAGGAGAUCUCAUUGGUGAAGGUUUUAUCGAUGUGGCAAUGGCGACUUCUUAUCACCGCCACUGCAAACAUCACCUUCUUCUAUCAUGAUAGCCACCACGUUUUCAUGUCUUACAAUGAUGGUGCAAUGUCAUUGUAG